GUGCUCUAUACCUAUUACCAUCCACUUGGUAAUCAGACCAUUCCCAUUCUUCUACUUUAACCACAAGAAUAUUAUUUAGACUAUUAUGCGGGGAUUCUUUUCUGUGAACUUAGGCAGCUCUUCUAUGUCAUUUUCCUUUCUAAAUCAUAUCAGCAGCGUUACCCGCCCCUUGACCAAGUUUACCAAUCUACCAAGAAACACGAUCAUUAUUACAAGAGGCUGCGACAGCACAGACCAAAGAUCUAUCGAAACUACAAUUUUUAAGCUAUAAAAAAAGAGAGAGACCUGCCUUCGGUAGAUCAAUCUUGCUUACAUUAAAGUCAAAAUGCAUGGCGACUUCACUUUCAUGGUUAAUAACUAUGCCAUCGAUCCCAAUGCCAGCAUGAUGCUUCCUUAUCGCAGUUCUUCGACCCCGAUCAUGCAGACCCUUUCUCCAGAACUGUCUCCUCCUGCGAGCGAUUCUAGCCCUUCUGAUUCGAGCAGCGUCUCGAGGUAUGACGUCGAGCCUAUUAAGCCGACGGCAAUGCCUAUGCAGACUGUCUUUUCAUCGCAGACCGGGGAAGCUCAUCCUUCGCAGCAACAUUCGGCCCAAGUGUGGGAAUCCCACAAAGCCGAAAUACGAAGAUUGUACCUGGAAGAGAAUAAGCCUCUGAAGGAAGUCAUGGCAAUAAUGCGACAGAAGGGAUUUCGAGCGACUGUCAGAAUGUAUAAAUCACGCUUCGACAAGUGGGGGUUUAGUAAAAACAACAGCAAGAAAGACGUUAUUGCGAUGCUACAGGUCCAACGUCAACGAAGCGCCGUCGGAAAACGCACGGCUUUCCAUCGGAACGGAAAGGAGGUGGCUAUUGAUGCGUACCUUAAAAGAAAAGGCAUUUCUCAAUACGAUCUCGUGGAGCCCGGUAUAACUGAAAACCUUCCCGAGAACUUACGAUGCCUCACGCCACCUCCCGAAAGCCCCAAGGCCUUGCACUCCCCGGGCAAUCUGUCUCUCCAGGAACUCGUCUUACAAUGCGCGAGAGAUUUGGCCUGGAAUUGGUACUGCCCACCGGACACCCCGUUGGUCGCUUGCGCGGCUCACUAUCGUGGGGACGAGUUGCGUUGUGCGAUCACAGAUAUUACCAAUGCGGAUUGGCUUUUCUCUGUUGGGCAGUACGAAAGGGGCGGGGUGAUGUGCGAGCAAGGAUUCAGGUCUUUACACUUGGUAUUCAAAAAGCCGUCGAUAUAUGGAUUGCUACAUUUGUUAAUCACCGUGCUUGAUGCCACAAACAAAGGGGUUGUAAAGGAGAUUUGGCGGUACCUCUCAGCAUACGCGUCUGCCGUCCGACUCGACGGUCCUAUGGCGAGACUCUUCCAAGGAAUGUGGAAAUACCUUAGCACGCAUGACUACGAGGAGUUUUGGGAAUUCAUUUUUGAGUGUACCGAGAAGUUACUCGCGGUCGAAGAACAGCACUCUGGUCUCCCAGCCGAUACAUUACCAAGGCUUUAUCCUAUAUUGUUCAUUCCACGAGCAUACCAAUACCGGUCCCAACCCUACCGUCGUCUUCAAAGCCGCUGCGACUUCCAGCGGCUAGUUCAAGGACCCGUGCCAACGGCGAUCGAGGAACUGACCGUUUUUCAGGCAACCGAAUUGCUUAUUCUAGGAAACCAGACACUUUGGCAAGGCGAUCGCGUCUUCGAACUUGCUAACACGGUUCUCGAGAAUACGAAGGGCAUUGCGUACAAUACCGAAUUCUUUAUUUACAUUGCGCUAACUUCGCUGGCUCACUACCACAGAAAUCAGUUUUUGCUGAAAGAAGAUCCCAUCGCCAAGGAAUCAAACCAUCAGUUGUCAGUGCACUACCUUGAACAGAUUGUCUCGGUAAUGGAGGGUCAAUGGGAUCCAGACAUGGGAUACCUUCUGGGCGAAUUAGAGCGAUUGGAACAUUGGUAUAGGGAAGCGGGUGACAUCGCCAAAGCGGACGCCGCACAUAUUAGAUGGCAAAAUGCUCUGGAAGCGAUACCGAAGGACUUUGUCAGAGGACAGAAAGGCAUAUUGCACUAGUAUCUGGAACCUCCCUCCCCCUCUCUCCCCCUGAGAUGAUAUUCUACUACCGAGUUGCAACGUUUUGAAAGCCUACGAGGGGAAAUGAGUAGGUUAGGUACGCAACUACCUUGUAUAUGUGUGAUUAUAUUUGUUCUUAUGGGAUUUGCUUUGGAUAGCGUUGGUGUUAGGGAUGGGCGACGAACUUCAAAGACGUUGUUAAGUCUCGAUCUGAGUCUUGAGCGCCGUUGAUGUCGUCUACUUGCUUAGAGUAUAUGUACUAGUAUAUGUUAGGUAGGAAAUUCAAAAAUAAAAGGGCUUGUAUACAUUUUACGUCGACUUGGAUAUAACAUUCCUCUGGGUU